AUUUGUAUUUAAUAAUUAUCUAAAGGCGGACAAGAGAUAAAAAGAAAUUCCAUGUAAACUUUUAAUCUGGUAGUAUUCUGCAAUAUUUACAAAAAAAGUGAUAACAGAAUCCAACUUUGCAUCAUAAUGUGAAGAAAUCAGAACAGUAUUUCACUUUAGGUUACAUAAUUAGAACAACAUUAAAAAUUAUGUGAGAGAUGUUAGAAUUGUGGGAAAUGUAUUAUUAUUAAUUAUAUAUAGAAUUUCAAAUUGUGUGAGAAGGAAAAUAUGUCUAAAAUAGGUUUUAAAGAUGUCUUUAGACCGAUAAUAAUAGUUCCUGCCAAUAUGACAUCAGCAGAUACAGUUUCAAUAUGCUCAGAAGCGUCGACGCUUAUAGACGGUAGCGUGAUAUCUACAGUACCAGAUCGUCACGGAUUUUUGGGUGGCGCUCAAUAUUCUCCCGAACCUAGAAACGGACCUCCUGCCGAAACCGUAUUACGAAGAGAAAGGAAAUGGUUGAAAAUGCUAUCACAAUGGAAUUUUUACAUGGAAAAUAAUUAUAGAAAAGUUAAGGAGAGAUGUAGGAAAGGUAUACCACAGUCUAUGAGACCUAGAGCUUGGUUAUACCUAUGUGGAGGUAAAGUUUUAUUGGACAAAGAGCCUAGCAAAUAUGAAGAAUGUUUGAGAGCAGAAGCGGAUACGAAAUCCAUAGAGGAUAUAAAGAAAGAUAUUCAUAGGCAGUUUCCACUUCACGAGAUGUUUUCUUCUGAAGAUAAACCAGGUCAACAAGAAUUAUUUAACGUAUUGAAAGCGUAUACCGUCCAUUUUCCCGAUAUUGGUUAUUGUCAAGCGCAGGCACCAGUGGCAGCUUUCCUUUUAAUGCACAUGCCUGCAGUAGAAGCAUUCUGGUGUCUAGUAUCUAUAUCUAACAAAUACUUGGAGAAUUAUUAUUCGCCCUCUAUGGACGUAGUACAAAGGGAUGGGUUGAUAUUACAGGGUUUGUUAAAGAAAGUGUGUCCACCAGUUUAUAGACAUUUAAAAAAAGUAAACGCCGAACCGAUGUUUUAUUGUACGGAGUGGUUUUUAUGCGCGUUCACUAGGACUUUACCUUGGGACACUCUCUUGAGGGUAUGGGACGUUUUUCUAUGUGAAGGCGUCAAAGUUCUUUUCAAAACUUCUCUAGUUAUCCUCAUUGGUUGUUUAGGUACUCCUAAAAGUAGAAGACAAUGCCCAGGACUUUGUGAAACGUUAGCAAGGAUACGAAAUCCUCCUGAAAGUAUUUUAGCGGAGGAAAAUCUUAUUUAUAAUAUAAAUAGACUCGAUAUAACCGAAAGGGAUUUUCAAGAGCAGCACCAAAAACAAACGAAACGAUUGAGGAUUGAAAAAGCCAACGCAGAAACUACACCUCCGAUGAUAAAGUGAGUCUCAUUAUUUCCAGGUAAUAUCAUCUAUACAACCAAUAAUGGACGCAUCAGUAUUUUUCGUGUCGAAAUUGAUCGACAUAAAAAAACAAAUCUUGUACCUAUAUCUACUUACUAUUUGAAAAUUCAAAGAAAAUCUGUCUUUGUAUAUUUCGAGUGAUACAUAUUUUUUAAACGCUUACUAGUAAAUUCGUAUCUAAGAAAUCUGAUAUUGAAAUGUACUUUACAAACAGUUUUGAUAAUUCCCUUAAACACAAAACUUAAUAUAUUAUUUUUUUUAUUCGGAAUCUUUGAAGUUUUAGGAAUAUCAUAUUCCAGCCCUUGUCGACACUUAGUUUGUGCCAUUUCUUCAUUCUGUGGUACUUCUGCACACAUAGUUUCACUCAAUUCAUUUCUUAGAGCUCAUAGUGUAGCUAAAAUUAUUUAAAAUUAAACUGUUACUUGUGAUCUAUAGAGCUAAAUAGACUUUUCAACUUUUUGUGGUAUCUUACUAGAUUUCUUUUAAAAUCUGAUACUUAACCUAACCUAAUUGAAUAUUAAGCAUUUAAAGGAAAUCUUGCUUUACCGACUUCUCUUUUAUUUUGUCCAGUUCUUGUUUAGUCUGUUUUUAUUUUUCCCAAUUGAAUUCUAAACCAUUUUGGAACACAUCUGGUUAUGCUAUUUUAUUUUUAAUUCGGUACUGGUUUAAUCUCCUUAUCACUACUCUAUCCAAUCACUUCUUGGAGGACAAAGUAGUGAACUAAAGUCCGUUGAAGAUCCUAUGAUUGUAAUAAAAAUUCAAAUGAAAAGUCUCUUCCAUUAGAGGCAUUAUUGUUGUUUUUUUGUGAAAUAAUCUGGAGGUUUUUCUUGAAUUCUACUAGGCUCUUUGAACUUUAUGCAUUAGAUUUCUCUUUUAUUUCAUCCUGUUCUUUCGUAUUCGGUUUUUAUUUUGCCCAAUUUAAUUCUAAACCACCUUUGAACAUACCAAGUUGUGCUAUUUUUUUAAAUAUGGUACUGGUUUAAUUUGCUCUACCCAGUUUGUAUGUAUGAAUUUUGGAGUAUUGUAUACACUGCGAACUAAAAAAAUCUGUUAUGUCCCCUUUUCUAGCUGCGAUACUGGGGAACCCCCAGCUGAUCUGUUAAUCCUACUCCCUUUGAAAAGUACAGAAUGUGGGAUUGCUUUAGCGGCCAGAGAUUUUCGUCUUCUAUUUCCUAGUGUGUUUCAGACUUUGAAAGAAUGUGAAUAGAAAUUUCCAUCUCUGUAUAACAAAAUCUGCAUGCCACAUUAUCUAGCGUCUUCAGGCGACAGUUAAUAUUCGUACAUCAUUCUUACUCAAAAGAGUCUUUGCCUGUCUUAACCCCUAUAGGUUGAAGCAAUAAUUGGUUUUGCUCCUACCCAGUUUCAUUUUUUAAAUAUUUAUCACAUCUUGGAGGAGAAUAUAGUCAAUUAAAGUCAAUUUAAAAUCCAUUUACUGUGAUAAAAGCUUGUGUGAAAAGUAUUUCAUCAAAUAUAUUGACAUUGGAAAAUUGAGUUUUUCCUGAAUCCUACCAAAUUCUUACCAACCUUGUACAUUAGAUUACUCUUGCUCAAUCUUUUUUUAGUUCUCCAAUUCGCAGAUUUUUUUUUCUUUUUUCAUUUGCACAAUAUACUUUUAUUGAAUAAUAAAUGUCUUGUGUCAUUUAUUGGUCAUUAACAAGUUCUUUUACAUAUCUUCAGUUUUUUUAGUCUCCAUCAUUGCAGUGGAAGUUAAAAAAAAAUUUUGAUUAGUUGGUUACUAUUGUGUCCACAGAACUCUUUAUAUUUGUUUGAGUUUGCCCCAAUGGUAAUGAAUGGUAUAUUUAGCUCAUUGCGAUUGGUUAAACUUAAUACAUACUAUAAAGCAGCAUUCACAAAGUUCUGAACUGAAUUUAUUUUGUGUUUGAAGUCUUCUACAUCCCCAGGACUCGAUUCCGUAUGUACAUACAAGGGUAAAUAGGUCUAUUAACCAAAACAUAUUUUUUACUUUUUAUAUCUGGUUGUUUUAUUUUUACUGUGCGUUCCAGUAAGUCUUCGAUCUAGAUACUUCACUUCAUCUUUCACUAUUAUUAAUGGAAAUUUGGAUGGUAUGUCAGUUGGGAAGAGUAGUUACAAGAACUGCCCUGGUGUACACCCGAUUUUAUUUCAUGAUAGUCUGAUGGUUCUACCUCUCGAAUUUAACUUUUAAGUGUAUAUCUUCUAUGUAGGAUUAGAUAUACUUGAUAGUGUAGGUAUUAUUUGAUUUUGUAGAGAAGCCCUUCGUGUCGUAAUCUAUUGAAUACCUGUUUUAUAUGCAAGGAAACUAUAGUGCACAUUUCCUUUUCUUCCACAAGUUGUGCUAUAUUUUAAUCCUCAAUAUCCCUACUUUACCCAUAUUCUCAUUUAGUAAAUACCACAAAUACCAUAUAGUGAACUAAAGUUAUUUCAUUAAAAUAAACAGACUGAAAUACCCUAAAGUUUUUUGUUGUGUUUUACCAUAUUGUAAAGUACAUUUUAUCAUCGAAAUUUUCUAUUUUCCCAAUACUCUUGUGCAACUAUUACGAGAUUUGAAAACUUUAUUUAUGAAAAAAUAAAUAUUUUUACUUUAUACUUGUUGGAAAUUAUUUAUUUUGGUGUUUAAAGAAUAUGCCAACUGAUAUUGUUUACAUUCGUUUUUGUUUCCAAUUUCGUUUUGUAUUUUAAUAUUUUUUAUAAAAUAUGGCGAAAUCUUGAAAUAAAAAAUGUAUGUGCAAUGUUUAUACACUAGUGAGCAAAAAAUCGACUCUAGUAGCACGUUCACGACCAAAAGUCUAUAGCAAUAAUUGGUGUUCACUCCGCCGCCCCUAAUAACAACUUCCAAUCGCUUUUUCAUGUAUCCUAUAAGUUCUUUUUGUUCGAUGUUAUCCCAUAAUUCAGUGAACGUCGUUUUUAAGUCCAAUUUCGUGACAAGUGCAGGAUUUUCUAGCUCGAACUUUUUUUCUUAAGGUCAUCCCAUAAAUGCUCCAUAAGAUUUAAGACCGGGCUAUGCGCUGGUCAGUUCUACAUCCGUACGGAACUUGCAGUAUGUAAACGGGCAUUGUUCUGCAUUAGAAUGAAAUUUUCGCCGAUUGAACCUUCGUAGGGAACGAUGUGAACAAUAGAAACAAACUCGAUUUGUGCUUCCAUUGAAGUGUCCGUCCAAACAUCAAACCAAACAAAGUCACGUUUUCUUUUCUGCAACACUGCUCGAAUCUAUCUCCAGGUCUUCUUCUUUCCCAACCAUGCAGGCACAUUCUGCUUUUGUCUUAGAAGAGAACAGAGCCCCAUUGUUCGUUAGUUUUCUCUGGAAGGCUAUUUGGGGUCAGUAGCUGGAGUCUUACUGUCUAUCAACUCUUCGUGUUUGUCUGAGCUCUUGUUGGUUGAACUUGAACCUUUUUCUUCCGGAACUGCGACUUCUAUUAAAGUUAUCACUCUCUUGGUAGCGAUGGUUAACUUUGGAAACGACCAGACUGUCUCAAUUUCAGCGUGCUAGCCACUUCUGGUUGACUCUGGCCUUGGCUCAAUAGAAAGACCGCUUCAGCUGCUUUAUCACUUGUUGUGUCAAUUUUCAGGUAGAAUUCUUGUUUUUUUAUGUGUAUCGGUUGAAGUUUGAUGUUAACUGAUAAUUUUUGUUCAGAUAUAUGAUCUUUUAUAAGGGUCAAUUACCCCUAAUUAGCGCAAGCAUGAAAAGGAUGGUUACCAAUCAUGCUGAUACCAUUAGUUCCAAGAUUUAACUGAGAAAAAUACAAUUUCGUGUACAGUUUUUUUGAUAAUGACUUGCGAUUGCAGAGGUGUCGCCCGAAUCGAUUUUUUUGUUCACGAAUGUAUAAUUAUAUUUUUUUAAAAAGGUAGAAAGUAUUUUUACACACAAAAUUUUUUAAGAGGUGAUUAUUUUAUUGAUAUAUCAUUUAAAUCUUUUUUUAAAAUUAAUUAAUUAAAAUUGUGAGCACAAAAUUUUUUAAAAUACCCAGAAUGUAAUUUUUUCAUUCUUGGUUUGAAUACUUCCUAGAACAUUUAAAAAAUAGUUUUUUUUUUAAAUUCAUUUGUUUUCAAUUAAAAAAUAAGAGAUUCAAAAGAAGUGAUUAUUUUCAAAAAUUUUGUCUCUUUAAAAUUGUUGAUUGGCUAAGGGGUAAAAAAGCACUAGUGAUCAUAUAGAACUUUUCUGUUCACUUUGUUUGUUAAUAUUUCACACCAAAAGUUAUUUUGUUUCGAGAACCUGUUUAUUAUUUUGAAAAACAGUAUUUUUUCUUGUUAGUCCAUAUUUUAUAGUUAGUUUUUUGUAUUAAUUAAUUAAGAUGUUAUUCGUAUUUACACAAAUUCAAAUUAUUGCACUUUUUGUUAAUAACAACUUCCAGGUGAGAUUAUUUUUUUCUUCUAUGUAUAUGUUGUUUAAAUCGGUAUUAAAAUGCUCUGUAGAUUAUGUAAAUAUAAAUUAAAAUUUAAUAUAUUAUACAACAAAGUCUCAAAAA